AUGAAUAAAGAAUAAAACAAAAAAUUAUAUUGGCAUCAUUUUAUUGCUGGGUUAAUUGGAGGAUUCAUAAGUGUAACUGUAUGCCAUCCUUUAGAAGUAGCAAGAAGCAGAUUAAAUCUCUAAGUAAUUAAUUAACAAUUUUAAGAAUGCUACUAAAUCUAUUAAUAAAUAUCAAGGUUUCAUUAACACUCUCUGUGUUAUCUAUAAAGAAGAGGGUCUUGCAGGUUAUUACAAAGGUAAGAAUUCAUUCAAUAUCAUAUUAAAGGAUAUAGAGCAACAGCUAUUGCUAAUCCCAUAUUUCAUUCGCUUUUCUUUCCUCUUUAUAAAUGGAACAAGGAAAAAUUAGAAAUUUCAUAUGAAAUAACUGGUUUUUAGAAUCACCUUUUGGCAACCAUCAUCACAGGAUUUGUUUGUGAUUUAAUUACAAAUCCUUUAUGGGUAUAUUAAUGCAAUAAACUCUUAUUAAAAGUUAAUCAGAACUAGAAUGCAAACGUAAUACUUGCAUGAUCAUAAUCAUCCAAAAUAUACAUCUGUUUUUAGAGGAUUGAUUACUUUAUAUAAAGAAGUAAAGAAUUAACUAUGAUUUUAGGAAGGCUUCCUUGCUUUAUAUAAAGGUCUUGGAGCUACAGUAUUAGGUCUAUCUCAUGUAGCAGUAUAAUUUCCAAUUUACGAGAGAUUAAAAUAAAAUUAUACAGAUUAGAACAGUUAGCUUUUACCAGUUGAUAUUCUUAAAGCCUCUAUAUUAUCAAAGUGUAAUUUCUCUUAAAUACAUUAAUAUAUAGCAAUCGCUGUUUUAGUAACCUAUCCUCAUGUGGUUAUACGAACUAGAUUACAUGAUAAUAAAACUGUAUAUAAGAGUGGUCUCAGAUCAAGAGUUAGAAUUAUUGAUAUUUGUAGAGUUAUAUAUGAAUAAGAUUCUAUUGGAGGAUUCUACAAAGGAUUAAUACCAGAUUUAAUAAGAGUAUUACCUACAAAUAGUAUAACAUUUCUAGUUUAUGAACUCUUCAGUUAAUACUUAGGAAAACAUUUUUGAA